UUUCUUCUUCCCCCCCCUGCAACUCUUCAAAACUCACUCGGAUUCUCCAUUCGAGCUUUUGAUCUUUGUAUCACAGUCAAUUGCACACAACAUGUCCCUUCCCGCAGUCAGACGGCUGACCCACUCGACCCCCCGCACUUUGGCCCGCAUCCCCGUCUUCAGAUUGCCCACUUUCGCUUCUUCUUCCCGCCUCCCCUCCAUCGCUCCUCGAGUUUCGCGCACUUCUCGCUUUUCCACAAUGGCUGCUCGUCAAUCGGCUGCUCCCCCGGCUUCGGCCGAUAAAGCCUAUGACCCUGAAAUCAAGGAUAUGGCUAGCUACAUCCACGAGUACAAUAUUGACUCCGAUUUGGCGUAUGACACUGCUCGUCUGGUCUUCCUGGACACCCUCGGCUGUGGUCUGGAGGCCUUGAAGUUCAAGGAGUGCUCCAAGCUGCUCGGCCCCGUUGUCGACGGCACCGUUGUCCCCAACGGUACCCGUGUGCCCGGUACCCCCUACCAGCUGGACCCCGUCAAUGGUGCGUUCAACAUCGGCGCCAUGAUCCGCUGGCUCGACUACAACGACUGCUGGCUUGCCGCUGAGUGGGGUCACCCCUCCGACAACCUCGGUGGUAUCUUGGCCGUCGCCGACUGGAUCUCGCGUACCAACCGCGCCGGCGGCAACCUUGGCAACGGCAAGAUUCUGAAAAUCCGUGACGUCUUGGAGGCCAUGAUCAAGGCCCACGAGAUUCAGGGUGUUCUGGCUCUCGAGAACUCUUACAACAAGGUCGGCCUGGACCACGUCGUUCUGGUCAAGGUUGCCACUACUGCCGUCGUCUCCAAGAUGAUGGGUCUCACCGAGAAGCAGACUGCCGAUGCUAUCACCCAGGCUUGGGUUGACGGUCAGAGUCUCCGUACUUACCGCCACACUCCCAACACCAUGUCGCGCAAGUCGUGGGCCGCUGGAGAUGCUUGCCAGCGUGCCGUCAACUUGGUCCUGAAGGUGCAGAAGGGCGAGGGUGGUCUUCACACCGUCCUCUCCGCUCCCGUUUGGGGCUUCUACGAUGUCCUGUUCAAGGGCAACAAGUUCAAGUUCCAGCGCCCCUACGGCAGCUACGUCAUGGAGAACGUUCUCUUCAAGGUUUCCUACCCUGCCGAGUUCCACUCCCAGACCGCCAUCGAGGCCGCCCAGAUCAUCAACAAGAAGCUGGAGGCCAUGGGCAAGAGCGCCAAGGACAUUAAGGAGAUCACCAACCGCACCCAUGAGGCCUGCAUCCGCAUUAUCGACAAACAGUUCAAGGCCAUGGACAACUUCGCUGACCGUGACCACUGCGUCCAGUACAUGGUCGCCACCAUGCUCGCCUUUAACCGCCUCACCGCCACCGACUACGCCGACGGCGGCGAGGCUGCCACCUCCCCUCUGGUCGAGGACCUCCGCAAGCGCAUCAAGUGUGUCGAGGACACCCAGUUCACCGAGGACUACCACAACCCCUCCAAGCGUACCAUUCCCAACGCUCUGACCGUCACCCUCAACGACGGCACCGUCCUCGAGGAGGUCUGCGUUGAGGCUCCUCUGGGCCACCGUCUGCGCCGCGAGGAGGCCAAGCCUGAGAUUCUGGCCAAGUACAAGCGUCACCUCCAGGCGCACUUUGACCAGGCUCGUAUCGAUGAGCUGCUGCAGGUGGGCUGGGACCGCCAGGCGCUUGAGAACUACGAUGUCGACAAGUAUGUUGACCUCUACGUUAAGGAUAAGAUGGUUGCUGCUGCCUAGAUGUUGGACGUGUAUGAUGAACGUAUUUUAACCAUAUGUCGCAAAAUUAUUGUAUAGAAG